GUGGAAUUGGGCUAUUUACUGAAGCUUCUUUCCCUGGUAGGCCAGGGAAAAAUUUACAUUUUGAUUUUCUUUUAAUCAUGGCUUUGGUUCAUAAAUUGCUGAAUGGCACUUACAUUCUCAGAAAAUGCCCGAAGCCAAGUGUUGCCUCUUGUCCAUUUUUGAGUACUCGCUUUGCAGAUUAUUGUUCCAGCAGUCUUGAGAAACCAGUGGCUGCUCCUGGCAAAGCCUCUUCUCAGAGGAAGACUGAAGGGAAUUUGGAAGGACAUCACCAGAGAGAAGUUGAUUUGGAUAUAACUUCUCCUGAGGACAAGCCUGAAGUUAGUUUUGAUAAAGCAAUUAAAGAAGAAAUAAAGGACCAUUUUAGGCGUUUGAAGGAUGAUAUUGUGAAUCAUUGGAUAGGGCCUGAAGGCCGCCCUCUGCAUGAGGUCUUGAUGGAACAAGCCAAGGUUGUCUGGCAGUUCCGCGGCAAAGAAGAUUUGGAUAAGUGGAUAGUGACUUCUGAUAAGACGAUUGGUGGCAGAAGUGAAGUGUUCCUGAAAAUGGGCAGGAGUAACCAAAGUGCACUGCUGUAUGGAACUCUGAGCUCUGAGGCACCCCAGGAUGGGGAGAGUGGCCGAAGUGGAUACUGUGCAAUGAUAUCCAAGAUUCCAACGGGCCCUUUUGAGAGGAAGAGGUUUUAUGAUUGGUCCCAGUUCAACACUCUGUAUCUUCGUGUCCGUGGGGAUGGUCGACCUUGGAUGGUGAAUAUCAGGGAGGACACGGAUAUAAUCCAGAGGAAGGAUCAGAUGUACAGUUACUUCAUGUUCACCCGUGGGGGGCCCUACUGGCAGGAAGUCAAGAUUCCUUUCUCCAAAUUUUUCUUCUCUAAUCGAGGAAGAAUCCGGGAUGCCCAGUACCAGCUUCUGCUUGACAAGAUCUCUUCUAUUGGAUUCACCCUGGCUGAUAAAGUGGAUGGUCCAUUCUUCCUAGAAAUAGAUUUUAUUGGAGUAUUUACUGAUCCAGCCCACACAGAAGAAUUUGCCUAUGAAAAUUCUCCAGAGCUUAAUCCAAGACUUUUUAAAUAGAGAUCAUGUAGUAUUUCUGUGUUACUAAACUAAGGGUAGUAGAAUCCACGAUGACAAAAAUAAAGUACUUCUUUAAUGGCAUCCAAACAAUGGCGGUUCUGGAGGCUGGGAAGUCCAGGAUACCUGGUGUCUGGUGAGUGCUUCUUGGCUUGUAGACAGCUGCCUUCUUACUGUAUCCUCACAUGGAGAGAACAAGUUCUAGUCUCUUUCUCUUCAUAUAAAUAGCACUAACCCCAUCAUGAGGGUGCCACCUGCCUGACCUAAUUACCUCCCAAAGGCCUCCAAGUAUACCUCAAAGUACCAAGUCACAUUUGGAAUUAGGAUUUCAGUAUAUGAAUUGGGCAGGGGGCGGGGGCAGGGAACGGACACAAGCAUGCAGUCCAUAACACCUGCAUAGCUGGUUCUCCAAAGAUGCAUGAUCCUUACCAGUUCUUACUUUAUAGACUAAUGUCCCCAAGGCUUCCCCAGUCGUUUUUAGUAUUAGAGAUUGCAUAUACCAAAAAUAAGACCCUGAUUAACACAGUUUAAACUGAUCAAUUCUUGUCAUCUUAGAGGAAGAAGUAGGAAACUAUAUGAUAUAGCCAGAGUACCCAACGAGAGCCAAGUUUAAAAUAAGAGAAUACACAAAGGCUGAUAGCUUUCCCAUCCAUCUUGGCCUAAAUACCUAUUUUGUAUGUUUUCAUGUAAUUAUCUGUUUUUCAGCUUUAUUGAGGUAUAAUUUACAUAACAUAAAGUUCAUCUGUUUUAAGUAUACAAUUCAAUGAUUUUUUAGUUUAUUUACAGAAUUGUGCAGUCUUUUUUUUUUUUUUGGCCGUGUCGCAUGGCUUGCUGGUUCUUAGUUCCCUGACCGGGGAUUGAACCCAGGACCACGGCAGUGAAAGCGCCAAAUGUUAACCACUGGACUGCCAGGGAAUGCCCAGAAUUCUGCAGUCUGUCUUUACAUGAACUAAUUGUAGGAAAUUUCCGUCAGCCUAGAAAGAAACCUCAGUGCCUCUUUGCAGUUACUCUUCAUUCCCACUCUCAGCCCCACAAUUACGAAUCUACUUUUGCUAUAGGUUUAUCUUCUCUGGAUAUUUCAUAUAAAUAGAAUCAUAUAUGAUCUUUUGUGUCUUGCUUUUCACUUAGCAUAAUGUUUUUGAGGUUCAUCCAUGGUGUAGCGUGUUUAUCAGUAUUUCAUUUUUUUAGUGCAUAUUUUUUAAAUCCAUCCAUUGAUGGGACAGCUGGAUUUUUCUCCACUUUUUGGCUACUGUGAAUAAUACUGCUGUAAAUAUUUGCAGACAAGUUUUGGUGUGGACAUAUGUUUUCAUUUCUUAGGAGAAUUGCUGGGUCAUAUGGUGGAUGUACAUUUAAAUUUUUUAAAGAAACUACCAAACUGUUUUCCAAAGUGGUUAUAUCGUUUCACCUUCCCAGUAGCAGUGUAUUUGACACAGAUUUCCUGAUUGAUCUGAUCUCUGCCUCUUGAUAACAAAAUCUGAGUUUAUUAAGCACCCAGGAGUAUGCCAUGUUCUGUGGGCCCAUAUACGUAUAACAAUAAGUAUAACAGAAUCUGACAGGUGCUGUGAAAAUACAAAAGGACAUAGUCAUUUCUUCUAGGAGUGGGGAGUGGACGGUCAAGAAAGGAUACACAAAGAGUACAAGUCAACUCUUGUUAGUCUUGGCUGGUCAACUAAAUUUUAGAAACCAAUUAUAUUUACAAAGAAUGAAUCUACCCCCCAUGAGAAAAAAUUUUAUUUAUGAAAAUUUUAAGCAGUACAAAACUCGGAAGCUCCAUUCGGGUGCAACAGACAUGAAUAUGAUACUAAGCAACUCUAGUCUUUUCCAUAAAUUGAGUAAGAUGUAUAAGUUUGACAGAGCAUAUAGUAAUCCUUAAAGCAACAAUCCUCAAAUUUCAAUAUGACCCUGUAUAUUUCUAAAUAAGCCAGGCUAGAAUGAGCUAGAGUUUUGUUUUUAAGAAUAUAUUGAGGGAAAAAAAAAAAAGAUAUGUAACUGACAAUUACAUGAAGUGAUCUGAAAGAGGUACAUAGAAGCUUAAAUGAAACAUUUCACAUAGAUAAAAUAUUGACGCCUUAUAAACCCAUAUGGCCCAUAGUUUCGGUAAGACUACUAGGUUCUCUAGAGGAUGAAGAGGUGGCCUUUCACAGCUUACCCUAUUCAUAACUUGUUAUUGUUCAAUUUCUACUAAAGUCUGUAGUAUAAUUAGCUACCAUCAGGUAAGUGCUUUUGCCUAGAAGAGGACUGAAGUUCUGUUAUUAGAGCCAGCAGAGGGAACUUGACCUUAAAAAUCUAGGUCAAGAAUCUACAGGAUGGGUCUUUUUAGAAACCUGAGUUAGUUGUACAGGGGCUUAGGUAAAAACUAUUUCAAAAGAAUUUGAGAGCUUUAAAGGUAGUAAUGUCUUUUCAGGGGUAAAACGUGAAGAAGCCACAGACACUACAUAUAUACGAACAAAGUUAAGAGCAGAAAAAGGUCUUUUGGCUAAAGUGAGAGGACAGUACAGAAAUAUUUACAAAAGAGGGUUCAGAGAAAAGGAAUAUUUACGGGAUAUUAAAUUAUGAAUGUUCAGCCAUAAUGAGGCCCCUUCGAACUCCCAGAACCUUUGCUUUCUUCUCCUUUCGUUCUUGCUCAUGUUUCUUCCGUUGCUCCUCCCUAAGGAGGGAUAGGUAUACGUUAGGCUCUAGUGAAGCUCCAAACAGACCACUUCAAAGCACCUAUUGUUAGACUAAUGUCCAAACUUAAAAUGACAUCCAGCACACUUGUGUAAAGCACACUCUUACAGGACAUUGUGCUCUGUCCAGUGGUCUCUGUGAUGGAAGCCACACCUGUAAGUCACUGUUGUGUUAAAAGGCUAGAACUUGGCGGGGGGGGUUGUUGUUUUUAAUGUUAAGGCAGCAUUCUAAAAUCAAGCAUGGAAUUGGAAGCAGAAGACACCUUGGAGAUCGAAUCCAACCCCUGUAGUUUUUUUUAGUUUGUUUUAAAUGAGAAACCUCUACCUGUGGAAGUCAAAGGUCGACCUCAAAAUCACACUGUCUAAUAAAAGUGCUAAAAUUGGAAUCAGGAUCUCUGACUUAAACCACUAUGAUUUUGGGGAGAAGGAAUUAAGAGAAAAAAAAGGCCCAGAAUCAUGAUAAUGAUUUUAAUAGCAAAUAGUAAGGUCUUGGUGGUAGCUGGCAAGUCAAAUGGUAGUUAACCCGGUAUCAGGAGGGUGUCACACAGGGAAUCGGCCAAACCAGGACCAGCUGCAGCCCAGGUCAGACUCUGAUGUUAACUUGGUUUCCACACAGAAAGAAGCCUCUAAGGAUCAUCCUGGGGUUUCCCCCUGUGUAGAGCCCUGAAGCCUAGAAAGCCUGGUUUCCCUGGGAGUGUGAAAUUUAUGUGCAUCCUUAGGUGCCCUGGGCACCUGGAUUGGUAUCUGGAGGGACAUCCAGGUGCAUUGUUUGGGCAGAUAGGUCAUGUAAGAGCAGUGCUGUGAACCAGGUCCUCUUCUGAAUCACCUGCAGAGCUUUGGAAACAAUGCAGAUACAUGGGUCCCAUCUCAAACCUACUGAAUUAGAACCCACUGUGGUAUUGCCUAGGCACAUGUACUUUUAUUAAGUUCUGUAUAUGAUUCCACUUCUACCCUCUUCUUAAACACCACUAUUACUGUGACUCUAUCCCUCAGAGACUCUGCUUUUAUAUACAGUCUUUCAAAAUUAAAAGAGUUAGAACUGGAUAAUUAUGUACUUACCUGGUCUGGCGAUGAGGCUGUUUAUAACUUUUCUUGUGUAAGCUUACUCUGUUGACAUGUUCAUUCAGAGAACUGUUUUCUUUAGAUUGUCCCCAUGGUUUCAGUUUUCCUAGUUUAGGACAGAGACAGAGACAGAUUUAAGAAGAUUCUUGGGACUUCCCUGGUGGCGCAGUGGUUAAGAAUCCGCCUGCCAAUGCAGGGGACAUGGGUCGAGCCCUGGCCUGGGAAGAUCCCACAUGCCGCGGAGCAACUAAGCCUGUGUGCCACAACUACUGAGCCUGCGCUCUAGAGCCCGCGAGCCACAACUACUGAGCCCGUGUUCCACAACUACUGAAGCCUGCGCUCCUAGAGCCCAUUCUCUGCAACAAGAGAAGCCACCGCAACGAGAAGCCAAUGCAUCGCAACAAAGAGUAGCCCCCGCUCACCGCAACUAGAGAAAGCCCGUGCGCAGCAGUGAAGACCCAAUACAGCCAUAAAUAAAUAAAUGAAAAGAUUCCUGUAUUUAUAUUCCUAAUUUUCUCUUCAUCUGUGGCUACCUGCUUGCUGUCAACAUUCAUACUUUGGUUUUUUUGUUGUUUUUCUUUUUGCGGUAUGCGGGCCUCUCACUGUUGUGGCCUCUCCUGUUGCGGAGCACAGGCUCCGGACGCGCAGGCUCAGUGGCUGUGGCUCACGGGCCCAGCCGCUCCGUGGCACGUGGGAUCUUCCCAGACUGGGGCACGAACCCGUGUCCCCUGCAUCGGCAGGCAGACUCUCAACCGCUGCGCCACCAGGGAAGCCCCAUACUUUGUUUUUAAAGAAAUCUGCCAGUAUAAUUCUAUUAAUUUCAAUUUAAUAUUCCACAGAUAGACAUUACAUUUUUUUCCUCUAAAAAUAAGUGUCUUCUACUUUUUAAUCCUUGAAAAGCCAGAAAAAAAUCUUAAAAGAAAAAAAACUUUAAUACUGAAUCCCAUGACACAACACAUUAAAAGAAGCCAUAACAACUAAGUAGUUUAUCCCAACGUUGCAUAGGAAUGUUUAAUAUUAAAGUAGUAUUUCAUCUGUGCAGUUUAUCAUUAUUGUUACCUAUUAAAAUGUAUUUGGAAUGCAACAAGUGGGAAUAUUUUGUUGGCUUUAGAACUGUGACCAAAUUUCCAGAUGUUUAUAUAUCACUUUAUUUGUAUAGUUUGACCUACUUCUGAGUACCAAAGAUUACCAUUUGCAGUGUUUACCAUUUUAUAGAAAGGACUUUCACACCUGCUAUAUCAUUUGAUCCUUUCAGUAACCACUGAAGUAGUACUUAUUUAUUUUCCCUUCCAUAAAGGAAUUAAGUGACUUGUCUAGGAUAUAAAAUAACAA